UUAAGGUUAUUUUUGAAAUGAAGAGAAGUUCUAAAUCUCACCAAUUCAAUCUCUCUAUUCUUUAUGCCUCCUGGAUGAAGAAGUUCGAUAGUUAAGCUCCAGAAUUGUUGUGUUUCAAAGGAAAACAAUAAUUUUGCAGACGAUAGUUCCAAUAUGAAAUUUUACCGCGUUGCAGUAUUUCCGCUUGUGCUCUUUGUGAUAGUUUUGACUGAAGUCAGCGAAGCCGUUCCACAACCAAGCAGGCCUACAGUGACUAACAACGACAUCAGAGAUGCGAUUCUCCAAAUAGUGAACGUGAUCAGAGCCACGGAAGACAAGCUAGAGAGGCACGAGUACAGGGAAAAAGGUCUAGGAGAAACGCUCAAAAGGGGACUCAUAUCCAUAGACAGAAGGACGAAACAAUGGGACCAUUUCAAAGGGAUACUGAACAGACUGGACGAAAGAGUGGCUGAGGUUGAAACUGUGUUGAUUGAGAAGGACGAAAGAGAAAGGUUGCAAGCCAUGAGAACUUUUGAUGCAGUAGAUGAUUUAAAGAAGGUCCUACUGCCACAAAUUGUUGACGAACUGAAGAAGGAGAUACUUGAAGCACUUGCACAACAAAAGAAGAACGACAAACCGCCACCUCCACCACCUGCACCAAAACCAGAAAUAACCAAGAAAGAUCUCGAUAGCAUAAAAGAAAGUAUCAAUAAGAAAGUUGACAGCAUCCAAGAAUCGAUUUCAAAAUUAGAAAAGGAGUUUAAAAACGUCAAAUCAGACAAGGAAACAUGUUCCCAACUCAAUAAGAAAGCAAACGAUACCUUGAGCAAAAUACAGGAUAAAGUUGAGGAUGAAGAGAAAGUGUUAACGAAGUUUUCCAAAAAACUUGCAGAAUUUAAAGACAGCUGCAAAACUGAUGAAAUACAAAUGAAGGAGCAAAACAAAUGGCAAACGAACUUCUCGAACUCUUUGACCGAGCACAAGGAACACCUUCAAGACCUCAUAAAUGAUUUGAAAAAUGUCUCCAAAAAACUGGAUUCGCUCCCACAAAACGAAUAUUUGGAAAAAAUAGCAAACAACACCAAAAAUAUCGUAAAGGAAAUCAAUCAAAACACCGAUGCCAGAGCUCAGGUUAUAAUUGAAGACAUCGACUAUAAGACAAAAGACUUGAAAGAUAAACUAACGAAAGAUCAUGAAGAUUUGGUGAAGUCCAUUGAAGAAUUGACUAACAUAACCGACACUCUGGGGUCAGAGUUUGGUGACAAUGUAGAGGAAAUCAAGAAUAGCAUAAAGUCGAUAAAGAAAGUAGAUGAGGUGAUGGUGAAAACUGCUGAUAAUGUUUUCGAUACCAAGCGUAGGUUAGAAUACGGCGUUCAUCAAAUUCUAGGUGAAAUGGGCCAACUGAUGAAGACUGCUACCAAUGAUAUAUCAACCACUGUAGCAGAAAGGUUCGACGUCUUCGAGCAAUCUCUCUUGGACGACGAAAACGGAGCUCUAACUAACUUAACUCACAAGAUAGGAGACGAAGUUGAUCAAGUUUGGCGCCAAAUCGGCAUAAUGCAUCAGAAGAUGAAUUCAAACGCGGAUAUUUUGACAAAAUUACAAAACCAAACCGACGCUUAUGUGAAUGGCUCAGCUAACAGUAUUGAUAAUAUUAAAGGAAAGGUAACCAAAGUAACAACCAAGAUCAAUGAACUGGAUGAAAAUUUGAAUUACCUUAUGGGAAAACUUCUAUUGGUGUCGCAAGAAUUCAACCAAAUCAAAACUGAACUGUCCAAAUCUUUGGACGAAAUCAAAGGAACUCUUAAAACCGUUCAAGACAAGGUUAAAGACAAAGUUCAAGACUCCGGUCCAGGACCACAUAAGAUUGACGAUUACGAAGAACCAUACGUGGAUCCAGCGAAAAAAUAGUCUCAUAAAAAAUUAUAGAGGCUUUAGUGUAUUUAAAUAAUAGAAUUAACAUAUUUUUAAGAUGAAACAAAAAUGAGUACAUCAAGAAAACAUUAUAUUUUCAUGUUUUAUAAUAAGAAUAAAGUUCAGUGAACAAAUCA